GCACGCGGUGUCUCACGGUGGGGGCGUGAUUGUUGUAUCUUGAAGGCGGUAGAAUCACCAGUGAUGGCCCAGAGUACCCCACCAAUAUUCCUCAAUGAUGACGCCGUGGCAUCACAUUUGCGGUGGAAGCCCCUGUUGGAGGCUGUGGGGCAGAGCAUGGCAGAAUUCUCCAGAAGAGAUGGCGCUGUAUGCCAACCUGUGCGCAUUUCCAUCCCAUUGGCACAGCAUGAUGGUUGGUUCGGCUCAAUGUCAGCGUACAGCCGGCAAGCUAGCAGCAUUGCCACAAAGCUGGUAACGAGCUACCCAAACAACAUCAGCUGUCCCAAGAUUCAAUCAACUGUACUGCUGCACCGUCCGGAGGAUGGCAGACUUCUAGCGCUGAUGUCCGGGGAGCACAUUACGGCCUGCCGCACGGCGGCCGCCUCCGUUGUGGCCGCGUGCCGCCUGGCCCCCUCCUGCCAGGUGCUGGCCGUGCUUGGCUCGGGCGUACAGGCGCGUUCGCAUGCCCAGGCGUUCGUGGCUGCCGAUUGCGGCGUAGAGGAGGUACGAAUUUCUGCUCGAAACGCUGUAGCGGCCACUCAGCUGACUUCAUCUCUGGCCGAUGAGUUCCCUGGCGUCCGGUUUGUAUACUACGAGUCUGCCCGGCUGUGUGUAGAUGGUGCGGACGUCAUCAACACCACCACCGCUUCCCCCGAUCCCAUUCUCAUGGACAACUGGGUCGGCAAGGAUGGCGUCCAUAUCAAUGUGGUUGGGGGCCGCGUGCCCCACAAGACAGAGCUGGAGCCGGCCCUUCUGCGACGCGCCACUGUCUACACCGACAGCCGGGAGGGGGCCGCCAGUGAGAUGGGCCCGAUAAAUGUCGACAUCUAUGGGGAAGUUGGCGAAGUUUUAAAUGAAACACUUCCCGUGAAGAGCGGCGGCGUUACUGCGUUCCUGUCGUUCGGCAUGGCCGUGGAGGACGUGGUGGCGGCCCGGUUGGUGUGGGACAGCUACUGCGCUUCCCAGUCACCGUGCUAAGUCAGCACAGUCGUCUGCGAACCUGCACUGUCGCCCCCAACCCGGGGCUGCGCUUGGCGGAGCCGGCACUGCGACGCCGGUGCCCGCAGCACGGCCACCGCGCGGGCCUUAGAGUGGGGCGUAGUCGGAUCAUUUAUCGCGACGUCGACCGUUAGGUGGAGUCUUGUUUGUGCUGGAACUUACCCGAUUUUUAUAGACAUUGGGAUGUAUGCUACCAUAGUGGGGUCUAGUCAACUUAUGUAUAUCAUAUACUUACAGCGUGAUGCGCGCGCCAGGAUUCCUGGUAUUGGGGUCAGUAUUUGUGGCUGAUACGGUUCGCCAUGACCUGUUCACGUGCCUGUUCACACAUCAUCGCCGCGUGACGUAGCUGGGUCAGCCCCCGCACGGCAGCCAGCGGAGCCACCGGUCAUGUCGGGUUUCUCCUGCGCGCCAGUCCGUCCUGGGACGGCAGCUGCAGACGAGCUGUGGUGCGCUGGAUACAGGGCAUGAAACACCAGUGGCACGUGUGUAGCUGCCAGCGAUGGAGCAGCGCGGCUGAUCGUGGCUAGCCGUGUCCAGUUUGGACCAUGUCGCUUCGCCAGCAAAGGCGUCAAAGACGCCAUUCUCUUUGGUACAAAUGCCAGCGCUGUUCUGAGAUGUUGCUUGGCGACACAGUGGUGGCCUUUGAUGCUGUCGGCGCGCUGUUCGUUGAACUGCAUUGGCAGCUCGUGUUUUCGAGCAAGGUAAAGGCACGGGUGCCCACUGCCACGUUAUGACAGCUACAUGUGUGGGCUUAGGAUUGGGGAAUUUUGUACAAAUCGCGUUUUCGGCGCGGCGGGAAAUAUAUUUACCAAUCAUCUUGCUUAAUUUGCCAUGCUACCAUGGCAUCGCCUGCAGCGCGCGAAGUAAUCAAACAUGUUUGGGUUGCGUUGAAGGAGUUUUACAAGUUAAAUUUGAGGGUUCUGGGAAUGCAGGUCACGGACGCUGAUUAUACGCAUCUUGAGCUAAAUGAACCCUGUUCGGCGGCUU